UCAACUAUGUGUGUGACAUAUUUCCGGGCCUCAUUUAUCGUAGUGAAAUAUUUGAUAACAUGUAAGAGUUUUGCGACAAGAUCUUUCACGUACACAUUCAGCGUCAGAUUACAGGAGAUACAUCAUGGUGAAGUCAUUUGAUAAUCCAGAAGUUCCGUUUGUCUGUUUCAUGGACACAGAAUGGAUACAGAAAAUCACUAUUAAAGGACGGGCACCUGGUGGAGCUUCCAGAUUCACACUUUUCCUUCAACGUGGACCAGAAUCCGAGCCCGAUGAGGUGGCGUUUGUGUUCGAUGCCCGCUUUAACUAUGGCGAGUGCUGUGAAAAGAUUGUAACAAAUUGUAAGAUAGAGGGUAACUGGCAAAUGGAGGAAGCAGGCGAAUGCUCGUUCCCAUUUUACCCGGAAGAACCAUUUAAAAUAAAAAUCGUGGUCGAAGAUGAUUACUUCAGGGUGAAAGUAAACGGUGAAGAAUUUCUUGAAUAUGGACAGAAAUUGAGCAUGAAAUCCAUCAACUGUCUUAGAAUAGAAAAUGACGUCAUUCUGGAUAAAGUCAAACUGGAAUAAAGACUAAUUUUAUAGACAAUACAUGAUACGUGAUCUGACAUCCACGUGAUAUAUAACAUAUAUAUGACUCGCGUUCUAUAAGUUACAGUUUAAAAAUAAAUUGUGAGAUUUGGCCACGUUUUUUUUUUCGGAUGGCUAUAAACGAUGAACGGGUUUAUUUUUCAAAAGCUGUUGGAACAUUUUGUUUAAGAAAGAAAUAACUAGUAAAAUAAAUCAUUCUAUAUU